CCCAGUGUCAGUCUCAUUGAGCAGCAGAGGAUUCCUGAAGCUGCUGCAGCUCCUCUGAUUUGUGUUGGAGUUUCAGACUCUGCAGGUGGAACCUUGGUAUUCACGUGUUGCUGGUACAACUGUAAAUCUGAUGCACAACCACAUGGCUAACAGCAGCAGUGGAAACGGAUUCUCUUCAGUUCUGCUUCUAUGCGAUCUGAUUGGACGCUGGAAAAGACUACUGUUGUGUUCAAGUUGAGUUAAAAGCAGUUAGCCUAUCAGUGAAGCUAUGCUAGUCUAAAAUAACAUUUCAAUGCUAACAGGUAGCAGUAAAUGCUAAUAUCCAUAGUCCACAUUUCUAAAGAAGCUCCAUGAACAAUCAGAAGAUAAAUACAUUCAACGCCGACUGAGAAAAUCUUUUUAAAAUGAAAACGUUGCUGAUUUUGUUGGUUAAGAGCAAUUAAUUAAUUCCAGACCCUGAAAUAAACCAAAUUAAAUUUAAAUUUAUGCUGACUUCUAGUUUAUUACAUUACUUAGAAACAUGGAGAGAAAUGUGAACAAUAACGUCUAAACAAGAUCACAUGUUAGCUAAUCCAGUCGGCCUCUAUCUAACCACGGGGCGACCCAUCUGUCUGCUGCUGCUGGUUAUCAAACCGGUAGAAACACCGACCAGAGGAGGCCGAAGUGCCGUACGUCAUCCAUAUAUGGUCGCAGCUUCCUGUGAAGGACUCUAGAAACAAGACGUUUUGUGAUAUUUUCUUCCGCAGACACGAUGCCCAACACUCGUCUGGGAAAACGCUCGCCGUUUGGAGCGCUGGUCGGCCCCGAGACCACCAGGCCCGGCGUCGUUGUGGCAAUGGGGCCACAGGGCAUCAGCAGGGUCAGAGGUCACAGCGACCUGAAGGAGUUCUUCCAGUGUGGCGGCGCAGGCGACCCCCAGGCCGCGUCUGCGUCCUGCGGCAGAUCCGUCUCCACCUGCAUCGAUGUCCCCAGAAGCCGCACUGCGCCGCAGGAAGUGGACAUGGACGAGCUAAUGGCCGCCAUGGUGCUGAGCAGCCUGUCCUGCAGCCCGCCGCCGCAGGGCUCCGCCCACAAAGACACGGCAGGUCCUUUGACAGACGGCGGCGCCGUUGAGCUCUCAGACAGCGGUAGCAGCGGCUACUGGAGUGUUGAUCCCAGAAGCCCCGCCCCUUCCUCACCAACAGACGAAGCCAGAGGCGGGUCGGCCACGCCCCCUGACGAGGGCUUGGAUAUGGAGCUGGACCAGGUUUUGUUUGAAGAACCGACGCCGCGGAAACGCAGGAACUCCCUGAAGGCGGCGUUCCGCUGCCUGUGGCCGGCCUGCGGGAAGGUUCUGACAUCGGUGGUGGGAAUCAAACGUCACAUCAGGACGGUUCACCUGUGCCAUGGCGGCGAACACGAGCGAUGUUCUCGCAGUGAGGAAGAUUUUUACUACUGCGUGAUCAACCAAUGGGAGGAGCCGCACUGUCAGUCUCCUCCCUCUGCUCCCCCUCGUGGCCACGCCCCCUGCACCAGCCCCCCCUCUGCUCCCCCGCUGCCGCCCCCCUCCCUUCCUAUUGGCACCGCUCUGAGCUGCUCUGCGCCUUCACCCUGCAGCAGCUUCUGGCAGGUCCAAUCAGAGCACUCCUACCAGGCUCCGCCCCCAAGUCCGGUAGUUUCACAUGCAGCUUCCUGUGGUUUUAUGGCCGUGCCCACCACAUGCAGCAGACAGGGAGCAACGUUCCGGGUCCGGUCGGUCAGCGUGGGAGAGCAGUGGUUGCAGCAGCACAGCGCCCCCUGCAGGCGGAUUCGGAGCGAGGCCAAGAAGUGUCGGAAAGUUUACGGCAUCGAGCACCGAGAGCUGUGGUGCACAGCCUGCCGCUGGAAGAAGGCCUGCCAGCGCUUCCUGGACUGAUUCCAGGAGAUAUCAGGAGAUUCCAGGAAGGUCCAGUCCAUGUUUUCCUUCAGCCUUUAUAUGAUGAUGACAUUCUGCAUCUUCCAUGUUUCCUGGCUGUCAGCUGCUGGAGCAGUGAAGAUGAGGUACAGACCUUCGUCUUGCAUGUUUCCAGGCUGUUGGGUCAUCUCAGGUCGGGUCAGGGAGGAGGAUGAAGACGGCCAAACAUUUUUUAUUUCAUCUGCAGUUUAUUCAGUAAUCCAGCCAAUCAGAAGCCAGCACUUAUGGGAGGCGUGGCCUCCCAGUUCUCCUCCAGGACGGAACUGGAGGUCGUCCAAGGUGCUUCUUGGUUGGAGGUCCGAACCGGUUCCUCAAAUGGACUUUAGGUCCGUUUGUUUUUCCACAUUAUGUAAAUAUUGAUGUUCUAAUAAAGCAGCCAUACCUGAACUGCUUCAGAAAUUGAUUGGGAUAUUUUGUUGUACGAGAAAAAGAUAGAAAAUAUUUAAAAAUAUUCUCUGCUUAUUUUUUAGCCAACAGCAUUCAUAGGGCCACAAACGCCUUAUUCUGAGCCCCCAUGAGGCUUUGCGUGAUUUAUGGGCGCGACUUCCGCCGCAAACCGGAACCGCCAUUUGUUUACAUAUUAGCAACUUGCUAACCGGCUUUCGUCAGAGCUUUUGGGUUUUAAAAUAUCUGAGAACACCAGCUAUCGAAACUUAAAUGUGACAAUAUUGUUUUACCGCUACCUACAGCUAAUAUGGGGAGGGUUGGCAACUUGAAGAAAUGGCCGCAUUUCUUCAAGUCUCAUUAGCAUAUGUAGCUGCCCUCACUAGCAUAGUUAGCUACUUCACUGACUCAGUUGCUUCGGAUGCAGAUGCGGGUUUUGUUCCCUUGGCUUUUUACCCACACAAUGAAAUGAGCACACAUACAGAAUUUUGGGUUCUCUUUUCAAGUUUAGAAUUUUUAGCCAAAUUCCUUUUGUUUCCUUUCUGUCGGUAGAGGAUAAGAACUUCCGCUUUUGUUUUGGGAGCACGUUCAAGACACACCUGUUGCUGCCACAAAUUAAACUUUGUCUGAUUAUUAAAUCACAGCAACAGUUACCUGAGCACCACAAGGGCAUCUUACGACACUUUCCAGUAGCAAGUUGCUUUAAAACAGGUUAAUGUGUGAUUCGGUUCGGUUCUAGUCCAGAGGGGAGAUUCUCUGUUUAACGUCUGGAGCGCAGCAGCUGCUGUCAUUUAUCCGCUGAUUUGCAGCGACACUCGGCAACAGAGAACCUCGAGGUUCUGGUUGUGAUGGACUAAAUGAAGCCAGAUAAUUUAUUUUGUCUUAUAAUUUGCUGGCCCAAUCAUAAGACAUAUAUCCUAAACUUUUUUUUUUUUAAUUCAAACGAAAAAUACAAUUCUCAUCGCAACAAGCUAAUAUUAUGUAGUUCUGCUGUUUUAUACUGUCGGCACAAACCUGCAGCUCAUAUUUCUGACCAGCCUUUCUCUUUAUUACUGUCAGUUCUUUAGAGAAACGAGCUGCUAGCAGCGCUGCUAAUUCAGUCAUUCCGUAACAAAACUAAAUGAUCGUGUUCCUGACGCUCCCGGUGAUUAAACUCAUAAUGACGAUCCUCUGUAGUGAGCAACUCUCCGAUAGCAGACGGUGUCCGUAAACAAGUUUUACUAAAUAUUGUAUUGUAACCGAAAAAAUUGAUGUAACUUCUAUAAUGAAUAACCCCUACAAAUUACAAUGAAAUACUACUUCCGGUGGGCGCCGGAAGUAAGACCCUUAAUCCUUCUUCUUCUUUUCUAUUAUGGCGGAUCACAAGCAACUUUAAGGUGCAUACCGCCACCUACUGUACAUGAGUGUGUAGCUGCAUUACUUCACAUCUGUUAGAUUCUAUUUUUUAAUUUUGUAUUCUUAAGAUAAAUAAACAAUGCUUUCCUUAAUUUGUGAAUAUCUGUUAUGUUUCCUUCAUUUCCUAAUAUACCUUUAAGAUUCCAUUCAUGGCCUAUACUUCUAACUAUUCUCUUUAAUUCAUCAGUAUGUGUUCUACAUUUUCUUUCUCUCCACAUCUCUCACAUUUAUCAUUAUUUUUCCUCCCUAUUAAAUAAAGCAUGUCAUUUAAGUAGGUAUGACCUAUUCUUAAUCUACUAAUUAUUAUUUCUUCUCUUCUGUUUCUUUCAUUAAUGCUUUGAAUUCGAACUGACUUUUGUACUUCAUAUAAUCUUCUUCCUUUCUUAUCUUCAUUCCACAUUUUUUGCCAUUCCUCCAUUUCUUUCCCUUAAUCCUUUGUCCAGUAAUCCUCCUAAGAAUGAGGUGGAUAAAUCUGUUUGCUUUUUAUUUAACAUUAAGACAACAAUAA